AUGGCGACUCACCGAUUCGACCCCAAGUUCACCGACAAUGUCAUCAACGCCAUGGGCCCCAAGACCUCGCCGCGCCUGCGCCAGCUCAUGACGGGGCUUAUCCGCCAUGUGCACGACUUCGCUCGCGAAAAUGAGCUCACAGUCGACGAGUGGAUGGCCGGCGUACAGAUGCUCAAUUGGGCGGGCCAAAUGAGCGACGAGAAGCGGAACGAGGGGCAGCUGGUGUGCGAUGUGAUCGGUCUGGAAUCCCUGGUCGAUGAAAUUACCUUCACCCUCGCCGAUGAAGCCAAGGAUGCGCCUACUGCCACGGCCAUCCUGGGCCCCUUCUUCCGGGCCGACACCCCGUACCGCGAGAACGGCGCGGAUAUCGUCGUUACUAAGCCCAAGGACGGUGGCGAGAUGGCAUUUAUGCACGGCCAGGUCAUUGACUUUGUGACGAAGCAGCCGCUUGUCGGCGCGGACGUGGAGGUCUGGCAGGCGUCGACGAAUGGCCUGUAUGAGCAGCAGGACCCGGAGCAGGUGGAGUUCAACCUGCGUGGCAAGUUCAAGACAGACGCCGAUGGUCGGUAUAACUUUUACUGCCUGCGGCCGACGCCUUAUCCCGUGCCCGAUGAUGGCCCUGCUGGCAAGCUACUCAGCCUGAUGGACCGCCACCCCUUCCGCCCUGCUCAUAUUCACAUCAUUGCUACCAAGGAAGGCUACCGGCCUCUGACCACUCAGAUCUUCGACCGCAAGGACAAGUACCUUGACAACGAUUCCGUGUUCGCUGUCAAGGACUCGCUGGUUGUGGAUUUUGUCCCGCGCAAGGAUGACCCUAAAGCUGCCCUUGAACUCCAGUAUAACAUCAAGCUGGUGGUUGACACCAAGACCAGCGCAUAG